UCUGGACAUGCAGAUCUCCCCGGCCCCACACAUUAUAGGUGGGGAGGUCUCCUCUACGCUCACUAGACUUGAGGAGGAGACUAAACCCAUUGGCCCCGCAGUGAUAGGGUAUUGCAUGGACCGGGCUCAUGCCCUACUAAGUGGGGAGAGGUAUUUCCAGCUUGUCUAGAGAGGGAGGCCUACAUUUGAUGUGGGUAGUACCAUCCACGCCCAUUGAUUUGCUGUGGAACCAUAACACGGACGGGAAGAAGGUUCCCACUGGGCACGGAUCACAGGAAUGGGACAGAGUACCUCAGUGAGCUUCAAAAGGUUCCCCAAAAGUUAUUCAGAUGAUCACGUUGUACGCAGUGAGAUGACAGCGAUGGAUCUAAUCAUAGAGGCCAAUGAGUUCCAAGCCGCCCAGGUUCCAGACGGCACUAGUUUCAGGGAUGGAGAUAUCGCUGUGACUACGGGGAGGCGCUCUAAGGUCUGUUUCGCAUGCAGCUGUCUGUGGUCCAAGUCAGUGGACGGACAUGUCUACGUUGCAUACAGGCUCUCAUUGGACUACAGUGACUUGGAUCAGAGGAUAAUUAAGGCAGGUAUGGAGGACAUGGAGAGAGGUACCUGUGUGCGUUUUGUUCCAUGGACACAUCAGAGGGACUACCUGGAUAUCCAGCCUAAGUCGGGGUGUUGGUCGUAUCUCGGGCAGCGUGGUGGCCGACAAACUUUAUCUCUACAGUCUCCUGACUGUAUGUUGUCUGGCGUGGUCUCCCAUGAACUCAUGCACGCCCUGGGAUUCGUGCACGAACAUUCCCGCAUCGACCGCGACAACUAUGUCACUGUCCUGUGGGAGAACAUUUGGAAGGAUCGCGUACGGAACUUUGAGAAGUUCAAAACCAACUCUCUGGACGUUCCCUAUGACUACGGCUCCAUCAUGCACUUUGGAAUGUAUUCCUAUUCAGAAGAUGGAGAUCCUACCAUCAAACCUAAGAGGACGAACCAGAAAACUCAUCUGGGGCAGAGGACCGGUCUCAGUCAACUGGACAAAAUGAAGAUAAACAUUCUCUACAAAUGUGAAACCCUGGAGGAUUAGAACAAUCAAAACAGUGAAACCUAUAAUCCACUGAAUACAAUCACUGGUGUCAGAUAGUGGGAGAAUUUAAAUAAAGAUUGAUUGACAACUUA